AGGAUUGGUGCAGUCCCAGUGUAAAAAUAGAAAACAAGUCUGUUAUCGGUCAACGCUUGUUAAUGUCUUGUCAGAAAGAGUAACGAACGUUAUUUAUCAAUUAACAAUUAUCAAUGGAAAAUCGGACAGAUUUCUGCGGUAGACCGCUAAUCGACAAGAUUGUGCAUCAUCUAACUGGCAAUGCAUGCGAGAAUUCCUCAGUUAUUAAAAUAAACACCGAAAAUUUAGCGAUAAACGGAGAAUUACAUUUUAUUAAUAGUUUUAACGCGUGGAGAAGUUUUGUUUUUUGCGAUAGAAAUUGCACCACAAUUUUGCGACACUUUAUACACGCACAUGAUUCAAGAAGAGAUAAUACGGACACAGAUGUAUCCGAGGAGGUUUUUGAACAGUUAAUAUCUAAGAGUAGCGACUGGUAUAUACGGAUACAAAAAUGCUCAUUGCAGAAGGAAAAGGUCUGUCUGUAUCUGAAUCGUAUGGACGUUAUUCCAAAUGUCAUUAAAGCAGCUGUUAAGUGCAGUAAUACGUUCGGAAGAAUUACCGCGAAUAAUAAAAUAUUUCAUUUAAAAUAUCAGCCUGAUACCCAAUCUGAUCUCACUACUCAGAGACUAAGUCUAUUGAGAAAUAUUACAGUGAAAGUAUUGGAUCUACAUGGAUACAGGGUAUCUGAUGAAGAUUGUGUUGGCAAAUAUAUAUUUACAACGAGAUCCGAAGGAUUGAUUGAGAAAGGAUAUGAAAAAUAUGUUUGCGGCGUCGUGAAGAAUUUAGAGUCUAACACGAAGGAAAUACACCUCACAUGGGAACAAUGCAUAAAAGAUAGAAUGGAUUAUGUGAAUAAUAAUUAUCAAAAUAUGUUUUGUUAUUGUAAAGAGGACGAAAGUGAUAUAGAGAAAUAUUUCAUCCUGCGCAAUAUGGCUUAUGCUAUUAUGACCUUUGAGUUAAUGUCUGUAAAGCCCAGUAGAUCAAUCGUUAUAGAGUCUGAUAUUUUUAAGUCUGAUAGAUACAUCACAAAUACAAGAGGUGCAUUAUUUGUGUUGUACAACACUGCCAGGAUAUCAAAGAUUGUAGCAACAUACGAUUUGAAGGUCUUAUGUAAAAUUUUUCCUCCUCUACCGAAUAUCGAUGAUGUGGAUUUUUCGCAGUUGCAUCAUGAGGAAGAAUGGGAACUUGUAUAUAAUUUUAUAUUUGGAUAUACCCAAAUGCUACAAAACUGCUUAAAGUGCGAGCCAAAUUUUCAGAUUCAUCCGCAAGUAAUAUGCUUGUUUUUGUCACGACUGUGCCAGAAAUUCAGCUCAUAUUAUCGGAAAAUAAAAAUUUUGACAAAAGGAAGUGCCCCCCUCGCUCCAAAGAUGUUCGCAAGAUUAUACAUGUUGCAUGCGCUGCGAGUUGUCCUGGAAAAUGCUUUAAAUAUUUUGGAUAUCAAACCAGUGUCUCAUAUGUGAAAUGAUGUUACGAAAGAGAAAAAGUUUCAAUUGUUCUAGAAAUGUCAAUUCAAUAAACGUAAGAAUUUUUGUAAAAAUCGGUUAAUAGAUUCCCUGGUCCCAUCUAGCGGUAUGAACAAAAAGCUUGUAGCCAAAAGGGUUUUAGCAAAAUUGGUCCGAAUCUUUACUAAAAGACCCCUUGUAUUUAGUUCCAAAGUUUUCCGCUACGAGCUGCCACCAUUUUCAUUUGAAAUCGAGAUCAUAAUAAGACAACCACAAACGAACUUCAAGCGGGACGACUCGAUACUGAAUCCGAGAGACUUAGAUAUUAGAUGACUACGAAAGUAUCACAAAGUAAUCCUAAUUAUAUUCCUCUAACAUUUUAUACAAUCCAUUAUAACUUUUUAACUUAAUAGGGACAUGUUGGGAAUUUUGCGUUUAAAUAGAUGAGCCAAUACAAUGGUGGCUUCUUUGAAAGGUUGAAACAACAGGAGGUAUCGGUUAAAUAAUACACAAAUCUAACUUUAUUCACAUUUUUUUCCGUUUCUUCCCGCUGAAUCAUCGAGGAAAUGAUCUUUAGAGAACAGAAACCUCUGCGAUACGAAUAGCAGUUACAAGUAAAUAUGUACAAUAAUAUAUAAUAAGUGGUGGUUGCCCUUCUUUCUCUUUCUAACUGUCGUUUCGUCUUGCUCAAUGACAGCAAUCAACUAAUCAGUAUAACCAGUAAUAAAUCGCAAGGAUCGAUAAAUCUUUCCCCACGUGUUAUUUUGAUCCAAGCGUACACCACCAUCUAUCGAUCACCAAAUAUCCGCGACAAUGUCGACGAAUUGACAGAAAUGCUUCCCCAAUUUCUCACAAUCGAACCACACCGAUCGAAUUUUCGUCAUUUCGGAAUCAUCGUUCGCAACUCACACAAUUGACUGCGAUCGCUUUGUUAAGAUGCCGAUAACAUUUUUUUCAACAUUCCCGUCGGCAAUUUCACGCCGACUCCGAAAUAGUGAUCGCGAUAAGGCGAACAUCGUUCUUUUAAUAUUUAACACUGAAUUACUAACCAUUAGCCUUUUCCAGGCCGAUGUUUUCUCAAGAAGCAUGGAUAAUGAUUCGGUUAAUGGCUAGCAAUUUAGGAUUAAAGGACUUGUUUUAUCUCCUAACAUCAUCAUUUUCACCCCGUCCACUUGUAACCAUCCGUGAUGUCCCGCUCGAUAAUCUUAUUUUCUUUCGCUUGAUUUGACUUGAUUUAACCGUCCUUUCGUUUCUCUUCGAAAUUCUCACUCAAGACAAGUUUUAGCCGCGUUUAUUAAAGUCGUCCCCGUCCACACAUUCGUAUUUGUUUAAACCAGCGCUCGUGAUUAGUUAAACAUUGGAAGUAAUUUUUUGACAUCACGCUUACUGUUUCGAACUUUUUCCAAGUGUGAAUUCACAUAUGUUUAUGCAUUACUAAACACGAGUGAUAAGAGCAGAACAGUAGGUAUAAUAUCCGAGCAUUGUUUUAAACAUUACAUCAUAAUAUUACAUUCAUUUAUUUAUUUCCAUCUUACUUAUUUUUUUCCUUCUCUCUUUUUCUUCACAUCUCGAUUGGCUGACAUAGGGUGAAAUGUAUCAUACGAAUAUUCCAGAAUAUCUUUUAUGGUUGGUUAGAUAAAAUUAGAUUAGCUGGAUCAAAACGAAUCAGAAGGAUAACGCGGCUACGUGAACCCAUUGUAUUUACAAUUGAAGGGAUUCUAUUUUAUGUGGGAAUGUUUCUACACAUCUUCUAAAAGUUGAUAUCUCACUUAUCAUACGAUAACUUUAUUGAACGUAAUGACUCUUUUCAGAAUUUCAGAAAUUCUUUAUUUAACAGUCGAUGAGAUACGUUCAACAAACUUGUACGACAAAUGAAAUAUUGAUCUAAGUUCACUUCACCCUAUUUCGAACAACCGACAAGAACGUACUUUGAUAUUCGAAACUUAAAAUCUUUGAGUUGUACAAGCACUCGAUACAAUUAGAGACCCUUCAGUCAGAGUCCGGACAUCUUUGACGUCUUGCUAACUGUUCUACUUCCGUAGUUCAAUCUGAAAUUCCACGUUACACUGUAGACCAUGCCGGAAUACAUUAUAUUCGAUCUAUAAUCCAUUAGUGUUCGCAUUAGUGCUUGAAAUUUUCAGAUAAUCAAACGGUUCGAACAGUUUGAUUACACGAUUUGCUAAAAUCUCUGUCCAAGACUUAGUCUAGAUCGUGACUACAGGGUCUCUAGGUACAAUAUCAUUUGGCGCUGUUAAAUUGUCAUUAAUCUGAGCUAAGGAAAAUAAUCAACGAGUAUAUUAGUCCAAAUCACGGUUACUCCGCUUCAUCACACCCAUUACAGUUUGUCUCUUUUUUUACAUUUUUUGCUGCUGUUUUCGCUCUUACCUUGUUGCUAGUUUACUUAUUAAAAUGAUUUGACCUUUCGACGCUAUUAUUUAUUUUCUUCUUCUGUUCGCGCCGCAUUUAUUAACAAUAAUCACCCGACGACUUUUGUGCGUAACCUUGAGAUCCUUGGAUUCUCGAUUUCUCUGAGAUUAUCCCAGCUUACAUCCUCCAAAUCCAUAGCCUUGGGUUAUUAAUUUCUUGUAUUAAUCUCUGAAUCCCUGAGUCCUGAAAAUCGUCGUUUUCCUACUCUAAAUUCACGACUCUGGGAUCCUGUGAUCUCUGCUCUUUUGAAACUAAUUUCUAAAUCUUCAAAUCCUGAAAUCGCUCUAUCUUCCUACUCUAAACCCCUAUCCUUAGAUUCUUGAUCUUUCCAGGCUAAUCUCUAUAGAUUCCUGAGUCCACCUCGUUUUCUUACUUUAAAUCUAUACUCUUGGAUCCUCGAUUCCUUUUUAGAUUAGUCCUUGAAUCACUGUGUCAUAUGAGACAUCUCUAUCUUUCAAUUUCAACUUUGUCCCCGUAAGACCUUGAAGAUCUUUUCGAUCCUUUGAGCUAGACUUUUUCCAGGAUCUCUGAGCCUUGAGACGUCCUUAUUUUUCUGGUAUAGAUCCAUAGAGCUUUUGGAUCCUUGAGGAUCCUUUGAUACAUUGGAUACCUUGCAUUUUUCUGGACUUUCUCUAUACUUGGGCCCUUGAUUUUUUCAAUUGUUAUAUUAUGAAACCUUCGGAUCCAAGUUUAUCGAACUUUCAGACUGAUAGAUCCUAAAGUCUCUGGGUUCUUUAAUCCUCAACGAAAGAAUACUGUAUAAUCCUUGAUGAAAUCAAAAUUUUGCAAAUGUAAGGCGAGGUUAUUAUUUUUUUCUCUUUUUUUUUUGUACGAACACGAUAAAUCUCUUCUAUAUUUAUUUGCUUCUGAAAUAUUCUUUCUUGUUAGAGAUUUCGAAUUCUUCGAUCAUCAAUACCCGAAGACUUCUGGAUCCUUGAAGCCGGGAGUUACAGACGCAAAAGUCGACGGGAUUUCGCAACGACCCCCAGUAUCUCGCCUAACGAGAACAUUCUUCAUCAUUAUUAUCACUUUUCUCCUCGUUUAUCAUCUUCUAUUAUUAUCAAUCGUUCCCCUAUAUCUUCUAAUCUUCUCUUUUUUUUUUCCUUUUUACGUCUCUAUCUCUUUAUUCCUGAUCCCUUGGUUUUUCUUUCAUAUUCAAUUAUUUUAUUCAUUAUUUCUUUAUGAUCUUUCUUUCUUCGUUUGUAUUUUUAUUCUCUGCCGUGCCGGUCGAGAGUUAUUCUCUCGGAAUCUUGAUUUCAACGUGUCAUCAUAAUUCGCGGAGAGGAUGAGAAACGGCGAAGGAGAGAAGAAGGUGAGAAGGAGUCUCAUGUUCUCGUGCAGGAUUCGCGUGGUUCAACAACGACCGAGAAAAGGACCGCACUUUUCAUCUGAAGGAGUAUCGCCACGCGAAGUUCGCAAUUCUCUCCCUCGCUUACCCUCCCUCUUCCCCCCCCCCCUCUCACCCCUUUCAGAAAAAACUUUGUAGCGCUCAUUUCUUCAGCACAUAUCUCCCUUUUCCUGCCGCCUUCCUUUCUUCGAACAGUGAUCAUCUAAACAAUGAAAGCGACAAAACGCCGAACGAUAAAGAAAAAAAUUCCGAUUGUUUUCCGGAUGGUUUUCGAGUUGUUCCUCUUGGCCGCGUCUGCACAAGACUUGAGCAAUUCUGAUAGCUAUUAUAUAUAGUAUAGCGAUAAAAAAUCCUUAAGUAGCCCAUUUGAAAUUGGAGAAAAGUAGAUUAAGAUCUGUGAAUAUAAACAAUAAAUAUUUUUGUUUAUAUACUCUAGCACUUGUAAGUAUUUACCCACUCGUAUUCUCUCGUGCUUAUCAAAGAUGUGGCGGUAAGAAUUUUUAAGUGUUUUUAUUUUUAUAUUAAAAGAAGGCGAAUUUAAAAAUAUAAUCAAUCGCGUAAAUCAUUGCAAAUAUUAAUUGGAUUUCAACCUGUGCAGUGUGAAAAGAGGAACAGUUUUCUCGAAAGUAAUGUUUUUCGUACAAAUUAAAUUUAAAUUUUAUUCAAAAUCGAGAAUAUAUAUCGUGGAUUUUGAUCGGAAUUAAAUUCAUAUAUUUGUCGGAAUACAAAUUUAAUUCGACGUUGGUUUAAUCUAAAUUAAAUUGAAACUCAACUCGUGCGCGUAUUGUCCAAAUUAAAUCCGAAUUUGAUUCGAACUUGGAUUGAUCGAAAUUAAAUUCAAAUCCCGUUUUCGUACAUCUCUGAAAUUCAAUUCAAAUUUAAUUCGAAAUCCUAUUAGUCGAUAUUAAUUUCGAAUUUAAUUCGCGUCUUUCGUCAAAAUUAUAGAUUAAAGUUUAAUUCGAAAUUUAUCGAGAUUCAAUUCGAAUUCAAUAUGCUGGAAAUAAUUUCAAAUUAAAUUCGAACUUGCAUUAUUUGAGAUUACAAAUACGAAUUUAAUCGAUGACAUUUCAUCGAAAUCUAUUUCGAAUUAAUUGAAAUUAUAUUAAAAUCCAAUUCGCAUCCUGCGCCCUAAAAAUCACGUCACCUAAGUUACCUACGACCUUUAAAUCCUUAUUACGAGUACUGUAGUAGUAGUGUAGUAGUAGUUGUAGUAGUAGCAGCGAUAGUAGUAAUAGUUAUAGUAUAAUAGUAGUAGUAAUAGCAGUAGUGUAUUAAUAGUAAGUUUUCCUAUUUCUUAUUCCUUUUUUUUGUUUAAGCAUUUUUUUAUCUUUUAACUUUUUUUCUGACUCCUGAUAAUCUAAUAGACAUCUAAAAAUAACACCCAUUUUUUGUUUUCAUUACUAUUUGUAUUUAUUCUCGGCCUCUUCCUCCUCUACUUUUCUUCAUUUCCAGCACACGUCACUUGAAAAGCUCUGUAUAAGCUGUAUUUUGCACGAGGUAUCUUCCUCGACGUUAACAUUUUCGUGUUUAUAUAUAAAAAAAAAUAUCGUCCGUUGGUGAAAAAACUGGGAGCUGCGAAUAUUACUAUUGCAAAGAUGUUAUUGGUUAUUUUUUGAUUGACUGGCUGGUUCUUCAAAACCUCAACCAAUUAUACAUCUUGGAUUCUUGCGUCUUUAUUGAUCUUCGAGUGAUAAUUUAUAUAAGUUUCUUAAUAUUUAAAUAAAUAUUUAAAGAGAUUUUCGACUUUUCAAUUCUAAUAUUUACCGAUCUGAAUUUUAGGAUUGCUUCAUUACGAAUUUUUUGAAUUCUCUUUAAACUUGUAACUAUUCUUGAUACUAGAAAAAGAAACAAGUGUAAAGAUUGCUAAUGCAAAACUUGGGUACCGCGGAAAUCGCUGUUUGUCAAAAGUUUUCUGUUGUUUUCUUUUCUUUUUAUACAACUUUAAGAGACGACAAAUUUUGGAUUUUUACGUUUUUAUUGGUCGCUCUCUGAUUAUUUAGAUAUUUAAAUGAGCAUUUAAAGCAACAUCAUAUUACGCAAUUAUAAUUUUAAUCAAUAUAACUGGAUUUUAAUCUAGUGACUAGAUUUUUAACGUAUUUUUUCGAUUUUCAUCGUACGUUUUGUCAGCUUUAAUACGAAGUUUCGACGUAGAACUUCGAUACUGGAUCAUUUUAUAUUGCUACGUUGUGAUGCUCCCCGAAUCAUCUUCCCUCUGUUCUCUUUGUUUUACACUCCUUUCUCGUCCUGUCCUCCAUCCUUCUCCGUUCAUUUGUCCCUCUAUAUCAUUCCUCUAUCAUUCUUUCUUUACUUUUUAAUAUCUUCUUUUUUGCUUCUUCUUCUUUUUCUUUUUUUGUAGAUCUUUUGCUUCAUUACUUCUCCUUUCUUUUUCCUUCAUUCCAAUUCUCUCGAUUCUUAUACUUAACAUAAUUUUUUCGCAUCGUUCGUCUCUCUCUUUUCCAUUAUUUCACCUUUCUUCUCUUCUUUCUCUUUCACCCCUUUUCUCCUCUAUCACCAGUUAAUUAUUUAAUAUAUCAAAUAUGUAGUAAUUAAUUUAGUAAAAAAAGUCUUAUAAUAAAUCAAAUAUUUGAUUCAAAAUCAGAUUCAAUGAGUGAUAUUAGGUGUCUGCAAGUGAUCGCGAUACAAAUGUUACCGAUUACUUCCUGCAGAGACUAGACAAAUUGCAAACUUUUCAAGUAAUAAAAAAUUACAUUGAAACUGUUGGAUAUAUUUCAAAUAUAAUUUUGAAAGUACGAUAAAUAUUUAGUUUAAUUUAAUCUUUUGUACCACUUUGACAUACGUUAUAAAGAUUCCGCGAUCUUCAAGGUAUGUUCAUCCUUGAAUCAGUAGAGCUACCCAAUAAAAAUAAAUCAAUACUCUUUUCCAUAAGCCAUAUUAGAAUUUACCUUGUUAACAAUCUCAAUCGUCGUCGUAAUUGUUAUAGCUUGGAAAGAUAUUGUUGCCUUUCGAUUUAUAUUUUUGUCGAAUCAUCGAAAAAAAGGAAAAAUUAAGACGUGUUUAAUUUAACAGCCAAAUGAUUUCCGCUUAUAACAAUAUUUGCAUGUGUAUAUAUAUAUACACACGCACGUAAUAUUCGUAAUAUUUAAAUUUCCAAUAAACGUAAUCUUUUCUCGCUGAACCCGUAUUGUGCAUUUCGCGGGAAAAAAAUUUGUCAACAAUAUUCCGCGACUUUAAUUAACUAAUUAGGUUUCUUUGUUAAAACUCUACGCAGAGGUCUCGUUUACUUUUGUUGUUAUUAUAUCAUUUUCCUUUUUUUUUUGGUUUUUGGUAAUAGUUUUUGUUGGUUCCCUCGUUUCUUGCGUAUUUCGGUCGUUUUUCUCUUCAUCGCCUAGUAUACGAAGACCAACGACAUCACUUCUGUUUCGAGUUUCUUUAAUGUUUCGUUUGAUAAUCGGUGACAAGACAAACGACAGCCAACGUUAUCUAUUUCUUUUCGUUUACUAGUUUUAAACCAUCAAUUCCGAUUAUAUUAACGCAAUUAAAAUAAUUAUUCAAUUUUCUAUUAUAUCUCGUGUGCAUCCUUCUUUUAAAUCUGUAUAUAUUCUGUACAUGUUAAAAUAAUAAACAUUCAAUGUUAAAUCUUCAAUUACAAAUUCUAAUUAAAAAAUUUUGUUUUAAUUUAAGAAAUGUUUAGAUUAGGAAAAUUUGAUAUAUAAUCGUUAUAAUUUAUUUAAAUUCCCUCUCGUAUAAUUUAGAAAUAGCUAUGAAACCAAAUAAUAUUCCAAGAAUUAUCUCAGGAAAAUUACGAAAUAAAUAACGAUACUUCCACAAAUAUAUCUUCAUAUCCAAUUUCUGCACUUGGAAGUUUAUAAAGUUCUUUCAACACAAAGGGGAAGGAAAAACAUGAAAAUGCCGAUUUUUCGUCGAAAGACAGGCGCGGGAUCGCAUAUCACAUUAGUCGCCGCCAAACCCCGCCAUUUCUAAUAAUUGUGGUGUUCGCCGCGAUAAUAGAUUCGUGCAACAACCAAUAUGAUUGCGAUUUAGCGCUAUAUAUAGACGAUUGUUGAUACAACAAUCGAUAUAUUCAGUAUUAAAACUUGCGCGGCGUGCCUCACUGAAAUUAUUUCGCUUGGCUUGGUCGCUUUAUCGGCGGGAUUUGACUCUGCUCUUUGAUCUCGAGAUCUUUCAGCCAGCCCUUCCCCGUUCUACUCUCUAUCAUCCCUUCACACCUGUCUCUCUUCCGUUGGCUGUUUCUUCGUUUUUUCAUCGAAAUGUGUAUGCGUGUGCACUCAAUAUUCAGGGAGGGAAUAUUUUUUCGACAUGUGUUCGCUCGCUCAUCCAGUCAUGCCAAUUCUGGCCCACAAUGUAACAUCCGUCUUCAGAGAUCACCAGUUGCAUUUAGUAGUCAGUCUAUCCAUUAACGUGUCUCAUCCGAAUCCGAUCUUACGAGAGAAAUAUUUCGUUCUUUCUUCUGCUUUUUGUCUCUCAAGUCGUGAGCUCCUUCAAUUUUCGUUAAGAACCACAUUUCUUUUAACAUCAUAUUUUUCUUCAAAAUAAGGAUCGAGAUUGGUAAUUUUGUUAAGCUUAAUUUCAAAUUGAUACGAAAAUCAUGUUGAGUUUUAUUUUAAAAUCACCAAAUUUAAAGAUCUCUUUACAUUUCUACGAAAAGUGUGUAUAAAAUCUUUGUUAAAGUUUGCGUUAACGCACGUUAAAAUACAAAACUAAUUGUAUUCCAUAGUCGUAAAAUAUAAACACAGAUUUUUCCGUGUAUUGAACAAAUAUCGAUAGAAAUGUCACAUUGAUUUUCACCUAAAAAUUCAAAUACAUUUGUGCAACUUGAAAGCAUUAGUUACAAAUUUAGCGAAAUGAUACCGAUCUUGAUCCUUUUCACUCUGGAUGCUUUGCUCGCUUUACAUCAUCCGCGAACAAGAGAAUAGUUUAGAGAAUAGUCGAAGAUCGUUCCCGUAAAAAAGAAACACGCCACGUAAAAGGGAUGUAACAAAACAUUCCGAGAACCUACGAGGGAUUUUCGAAAUUUGUACUUUUCGAAUGUAUAUAUCAUCAGGGUGUCCCUUAUUCUUGUCUUUUUUGUAAUUUUCCCUCGAAUCUCGAUAGUUUUCUUCAAUUAUAUAUUAUUAAUUAAAUUAAGAAUUUCUUCACAAUAUAUUUUUUGUUUAAUAAUUAUUCCAACAUUACACUUGACAUUCUUAUUUUCCCUUUUUAUAAUACAAGCCGCAUUAAACAAAUAUUCAAUUCAAUUUAAGUGCCAAAAAUUCUAAGAGAAUUUGUUCUCCUUAAAUUAUUACCUUUAUAUGAUCAGUAACACAAGAUGAGGCAAAUCACCCGCAUAGAAGUUAUUUCUAUUUUUUAUAUUCUUCCUUUCUUUUUCUGUUCUUUUUUCGUUGACAAGAAAGUUUGAAUUAUUUGUUAUUAACAAGUUUAUCUAUAAUCAAAAGUCACUAAUGGCUUCUUAUGUAAUUAAUUUUCUGUUUGUUAUUUUUUAUAUUUAUAUGUUAGAGAUAAGGGACACCCUGCAUAUGUAUACAUACACACAAGCGCACGAGUGUGUGUAUGUCAUGGCGUCCAUAUAUAUUUACCUAUAUAGAGACGUCAUACUUAUCAUAAUAUAGUUUAUCAGUUUAACUUUUUGCCUUUUAUACUUUGUUUCGUUUACUUAAUUACAGAAUAAUAACUUAAUAUAUAUGUACGUGUACAUUGUUUUUUUAAACGCAUAUGUAUGUGUGUGUGUGUGUGUGUGUGUGUCUGCGUCCGUUUAUUCGUCUAUGUAUGAAUCAGCGUUAUAGUCUGUUAAUUAAUUGAAGUUUAUUUAUCGAGAAGUUAGCUAUUCCUCUUUUAUCAUUCUUGCGACACAAGAAAAGUCUUUUUCUCUUUCCUGCCAUCCUUCCUUCAUCGUCCUACUUUCUUUCGCAUCUUCUAUUUCGUUUCAUUCAUAUAUUAUACACGUCGAUUUUUCGCAAAUUUAUAUAUUUUUUCUCUCUCGUACCAAAAGAUAACGACGGCGCGGGAUUUAUUUAUUUAAUGAAUUUAUUUUAGUUUGGAGCUUGUUUAUUUAAACAAACGUUCGAAACUCGCGCUUUAAUUUCGGAAGUAAUUUUAUACUUUACCGAAAUAAUGUUUGUAAUUUUCUUAAGUAAUUUCUCUCAUUCCAAAGAUAAUUUUAUACUAUAAAAAUAAUUUCGUAUUUUUUAUAACUACCUCAACAUAUUACAGUUAAUUUCAUAUAAUGCGUAUAAUUUCUGAAUUUCAAAUAUAGAAUAAACAAUUUUGCUGAUAAAUUUGCAGAAUAAUUUUAUUAUAAUUCAUCCGAGAUAUAUAUAUAUGUAUAUAUAACAAAUAAUUUUUAAUAAAUAAAAUUUUGUCGUUCUAAACUCCGCGGACUGUAUCAUAAAUAAUUCUGAAUCUUUCAACUAAUUUCGCAUAAUAUUUCCAAAGAUAGUUCAACUUCUGAUAAAACUGGAAAUUUUUAUUUUUCAGAAAUUCUACUUUACAAACUUAGCUUCGACUAAUCAGUUUCAACUAAUUUCGUAAAGCAAAUCCCUGAAUAUUAUUAAAUUUUUUGUUAAUUUUUAGAAACAUUAAACCACAGAUUUAUCGCGGAAUUAGUUGAAAGAUACAUGUAAUUUAGAACGACGAAAUUUCAGGAGUUUGAUUAAACAAUUAAAAUUCUUAAAAUAAAUUUUUAGCGUUAGUGCAAAACACUAAACUGAAAACGUGCACGUUUAAGUGGUCGAGUCUUAAAAUGGUUUUUACAUGUUUUUUUUUUUUGCGAAAAUUGAGUACCAAACUUGUAAAGAAACAAAAAAUCUCUCCGUAAUUUUUUUCAUUUAGCGUUUUUGCAAUCUUCAUUUUCCAAUUUGUCUCUCUCUCUCUCUCUCUCUCUCUCUCUCUCUCGCAAUUUCACACUAUCGUUCUUUCUUUCUCACAUGCAUACUCUCUCUAUUUCGCUUCCCCCCUUCCCUUCCUCCGCCUCUCACACGAUAAAUCUGUCUGCUCUGAAAAAUAUGUACAAUGCCGCUGCGACUCGUCAGCGCUCAAUAAUUUACAACCGCUCUCACUAUACUUCAUAUUCUCCAAAUCACUCUUGUUACCUGAUCUUUUCUUCCACUUCCUUUCAACUCCUUUCAGAUUCUCCCUCUCUUUUUCUCUUCUGUUUUUUUAUGUUUUCACAUCUUCUGAAAUAUUAUCUUUCACAAAGUAGCUGGGUUUUUUGUUUAGAUUGGAUUCUAUCCUUUUCCUUUCAUUUUUUGUUUUUUUCUUCUUGCUUCCAUUUUCAGCCUCUUUUGGCCCUCUCGUUUUCUUUUGG